CCUCAGUUCAUUGAGUAACAUCUUCUUCAUCCCAUCAACACUGUACACAGAGCUGCUGCUGUAAAGACCCGCACAGAGGACUGAGGAAGGUUCGGACCAGCUUUUACAGGCUGUUUGAACAGAAACCAGGAAGUCAACAUGAGCACUCUCUCCACUGACAGGAAGCCUCUUGUGGAUUAUGGCGUUCAGAUCCGCUUCAUCAAGGACCUCCAUGACACAGGUGGAGGUUAUCCUGAUAAGUCCAAAGGAAACAACACUGCAACUCCUCCUUCCAAUAAGUAUGGGGUGGCAGUGCGGGUUCAGGGUAUCUCUGGGCAGCCUUAUGUGGUCCUGAAAGAUGGCGAGAAAGGGGACUCUUACGGAGUUCAGCUGAACACUCCCACCCCCAGCUCAGGCCCACCUUCACCUUGCAACAGCCUCCCCAAAGUAAAUAAAGAACCGGCAGAAAUCACAAACCCCUAUAGCCCUGCUGUAAGUACAUCACGCUCCCCUGUUUCUGCGGCCGAGGAUGAAGAUGGGGAGAUUUUUGGGAGCCCUCUCAAAAGACCUCCUGGGGACGGUCAAGCAGGAACACAAGGGGAGGAGGAGGGUGGAACUGGCAGAGAAAGACCGGCAGAGAGGUCGAAAGCUGUACCCCAACUCAAAGCAAAAGCCAGUGACGCAGAUGAAAACAAAGAUUGGACUAGUAAGGAUGAGUAUAAUGAAGCAGGGCUGAAACCUGUCAAACUAAACGCUGUGGGACCAAGAGGGUUCCAGCAAAAUGGCUCUGGUUUCUCUGGCUCUUUGGGGAGAUACAGCGGGAAAAAACUGGGUAGAAAUACCCCUUCGGAGCCUCCACCUCCAGCAUCAACUGAUGACGAGCCCGUCCCAGCAAUCGACACCAACUCCUUGGCUCCCAUCAACAAGCUCAUUAAUAAGUUUAACAGUGGGACGCCAGGCAGCGCCCCACAGGCGAGGGGCCGCUCCGGAGCGAGGCAGCGGCUCAGGUUUGAUGAGCGCAGACGGUCCAGGAGUCUUGAUGCUAGAAAAGAUGUUCAGUCUGAGGUUUCCCUUCCCUCUCCCAGCUCCCCGACUCCGAAUCCCUACGCUACUCCCCUGUCUGCCUCCUCCAAUUUGUUGACGUCAUCUGCCCCAGCAAGCAGCAGCCUAGGAAGGAGCCCUGCAUCCGUUACCAAGGUGACAGCACUCGAGGCUCCCAAGCCGAGCUUUAAGUCACCAGGGAAGUUUGUUGCCAAGGACACCACUCCAGCUGUGGCAAAGAAGCCUGAGAUACUUCCAAGGAGCCUGAGUCAAAGCAAAGAGGUCUUCAAUGGGGAGGAAACUCAAGUUAAGCAAGCUAUUUUCAACAUCCUUAAAGAUGGCACCAGUGAGAGUGAGGGAACCCUCAAAACAAAGGUCGACCUCGUCUAUGACACAACCGGCGGUUUUAAGGGAGAAUCUGGUGGGAGCUUCAAAAAGGGGAACCUCGAGGAGCUUCAGGAGCAACUCAAUCGCUACAAGAAAGAGCUGCAGCAGGCCCAUGAUGAACUUGCCGAGGAGCGUAUGGCCAGAGAGGUGGCAGAGUCUCGUCUGCGCCUACAGGAAGAUCAGCUGGCUGAGCUUCAGGAGGAGCUGAGGAGGGUUUCAGAAAACUCACCUCACUCAGACUCACUGCAGACGGAUGUGAUCGCCCUGCAGGCAGACCUGGCUGAGGCCAACAUGCUACGCCAUCGCCAGGAGGACAUUCUACACCAGCGGGAGCGAGAGCUGACGGCCCUGAAGGGGGCGCUAAAGGAGGAGGUGGAGUGCCAUGACAGAGAGAUGGAGGCCUUGAGGGAGCAGUACGGCCAGGAGAUGGAGAAACUGAGAACAACGAUGGAGCAGGUCACACAGUCCCAGGACCAGAUAGAAGAGGAGAGGGAGAGGGUGAAUGCCUCCAUACUGACCCUGGAGGAAGAACUGGAGAGCUGCAGAGAUCAGGGAGAGCAGUGGAAGACGCAGCUGGAGGCCACCACACAGGAGCUGGACAACACCACACAGGAGAGCGGGAAGCACGUCAGCAGUCCAAUGCUGCUGAAAUCACGUUUGGAGAAGGAAGAAUUUGAGAGCGAGCUGAAGGAUCUUCAGGAUUCACUCCUCGCCAUGAAGAAACAAAUGCCUGCACCUAGUGAUAACGGUUCCUCAGCAGAGGAGCUUCAGCGUUGCCAUGAUGAUCUGAAGCGGGCUCGCGCUGAUCUGGACAAACAAAACGGCGAGUUAGACGAGCAGAGGGAGGCACUUCAAGCCCUGAAGAAAGCGAGCGGAGAGAAAGAGGCAAAGCUUCUGUCCGAGAUUAGCAGGUUGAAGGAGCAGUCGCAGAAAGACAAAGACGAGCUGGAAAAGGCACUCGAGAAGGCAAAGGAGUCAUCAGUUGUGUCUUCAGGAAAGACUGAGGUGGACCACGGCCCCAACCUGGAGCUCCAGGAAGCGAACACUCGCCUCAGAGAGAGGCUGGCCCGCAUGACAAGGCUUCACUCCAGUGCGCCGCAGAGCUCAGAUGCUGAGGAGGCGGUGGAAGCUCUGGAGGGUGAGAACCGCUCCCUGAAGACUCAGCUGGAGGAGGCCAAGAGAGGAGCCACCCGCCUGAGCAAGGAGAGGGACGAGUUGACCCGGCGGCUGGAGGAGAGAGACCUGGAGAGGGAGGCGCUGAGGAGGGGCAAGAGUGACCUGGAGGAGCAGAAGAGGCUGCUGGACCGAGCCCUGGAGAAGAUAAAUAAAGAGAUGGAGUUGAUGAUGGGAGAUUCUCGUCAGUCGGUGGUCGCCCUGCAAGCACAACUGGAGGACUACAGGGAGCGCUCAAGGAAGGACCUGCAGGAAGCCCAGCGCAACAGCAAGGAGAGGCUGGUUGAGCUUCAGAGGGCGCAGAGCAAUCUCAAGGUCCAGCAGGACGAGGUUUCCCGUCUGAAGAAGGAGCUGCUGGUGUGCAGCGAGGAGAGAGACAGUGCCCAGUUGGAAAGAGACCUCCUCAACAACCGUCUCAAACACUUAGAGAGCGAACUAGAAACAGAGAAGAGCACCCACACUGACCGCACGAGGGAGAUCAGGGCCCUGGAGGAUAAAAUGAAAACGAUCGAGAUCGAACUGGAUGAGGAGAGGAGCAGCGUGGAGCUUCUGAACGACCGCAUCACACGUAGCAGAGAUCAGGUGGACCAGCUUCGUUCAGAGCUGAUGCAGGAGCGUUCGGCCAGACAUGACCUGGAAAUGGACAAAAGCUUAAUUGAGAGACAGAUGAAGGAGUUGAAGUCUCGUGUUGCAGACAUGGAGGGACAGGCUCGGCCCUCAGCUGGAUUAACCCUGCUGGAAAACAAAAUUCAGGAGUUGGAGGAGAGGCUCCGCAGUGAAGAAAGAGAGAAGACCAGCAUCCAGGGUUCUCAGAGACGAAUGGAGAGGAAACUAAAGGAGCUGAACGCCACGUUAGACCAGGAGAGGAGCCAGCAUGUUGAGCAGAGAGAUCAGCUGUCUCUGCGUGUGAAGGCCUUGAAACGGCAGGUGGACGAGAGCGAGGGUGAAGUGGAGCGCUUGGAGGGAGUCCGCCGGAAGCUUCUCAGAGACUUGGAGGAGCAGCAGGAGCUCCAGGAGGCAAUGCAUGCCAAAGUCACAGUGCUGGAAACUGAACUGAAGCGGAAGUCACAGCAGACACAUCGUGUAGCUCUCGGCUUCUCCGCUUUAAGCUCUGAGGAUGAGGACGGUUUCUGUGACACCAACAUCACCUCCAUCCUCAACGAGAGCCACCUACAGACCACCAACUGUUAAAGGAAGAUCAGGCAUGAAUAAAGAGACCUAUAAAAAGAUUUUUCUUUUCCUCCAGUGCAAACACUUUGUCAGAGAAAGGUACUCAGGGCAUCAAGGACUCGCUUGUGAAGAACUCGGUUGCCAUGCACUACAAAAUUGCCUCGCAGUUGUUCUUGGGUUUUAUUUUUAGCACGGCAGUCCAACGGAGACAAGUUGUCAGGAUAAUUAGAUUGCAUUUUUUGGAGCCUUCAGCUGUGAUUAUGAUUGCUAGAGUACUGUUGUAUUUUAACUAUCCUGAGAUCUUCUGUUUCCCUGUUGUGUUAAAGAGAAGAGAUACAAUUACACUUGAUGCAAGGUUUAACGUCAUGUACUUAAACUUGAAUCACGUUUUUAAAAAGGCUCUUUGCUGUGCAUUCUUUGUAUUGACUAUAUUUACUGUAUAAUACUGUGGUAGCACAUUACUGUGGCAUGGUUUAUGUUUAGAGGUCACACACAGCAACUUGGAAAUUCAAACCACCUUUAAACCAAAAAAGAACCCCAUAUAUUUUUCUUAUUGUUCUUAUAUCUGUGUUUGCUUGCGCAUGAUGAGUUACUUUUGUCAGUGUUGUUAGCAGCUCCAAGUGUUUCUUUGUGUAUUGAAAGUGAUGUUUGUUUGUUUGUUUUUUUACCUUUGAAUGUGACAAUAUUGGGCCAUUCAAACUGAGCCUGUAUUUUUACACUGUAUUAGCCUGUUACUUAAGACAAUCAGAUAUAUACGUACAGUAGCACAGUGUGUCCUCAGAGAUUAAUCCUCUCCCUAUAAAGUUUUCUACUUUAACCACCAUAUUUUUGAUGUGGUUUAAUAUAUUGCUACAUAUAUUAAGCUUGAUUUGUGUGCAUGUUUUCACUCAAAUGCCUUAAAAAAUUAGCUUCAUAUCUUUUUUUCUUUAUCUAUUUUCACUUCAUGUUGUCCCCCGCAUGUGUUCUGUUUAUAUGCUGCUGCUGUAAUGAUUUAAAUAGUAUUUCAUAUACUUGCCUGUGCUUGCAUCUCCUCUACAUUCCUACUGAAAGAAUCAUCAGAUCACAUUUCUCUUUGUUACACCUUGCUGUUGUGAAUGUUGAUUAUAUUCUUCGAAUUACAUUUUGAUGGUAUUACAUUUUAAAAAUGUCACUUUUCAAAUUUCUAUUUGGGAAAUUACAAGCAAUGAUGCUAUUAAAUGUUAAAAUAUGCAGAGUUUUGUAAGUUUUCCCCAAUUUUUUGACAGAUAUUUUAGAUUUUGGUUUGUGUGUACAAUAAAAAGAGGUAUAUUGUAU